CCGCCCUCUGCUAGCUGACUGUGGGGUCGGCCAUUUCCAAGGCUCCUUACUCUGACGCGGGCCCUGGGUGGGACAUCAGGUGGGCCGAGUCUUGGCCUCCCCGUGCUCUCUGGGCAGCCCUGCACGAGUUUUUCGUGUUUUUUCCAGAGAGAGUCUUCACAAGUCUACGAGGACUAGCAGCCUUUGGGGGUUUUCAUUUCUAUUAUUUAUGACGGUCUCCUGUGAAACUCCUGUCCUUGGUGGCAGACCCACUGAGGGAGGGAGCAGAGCCCCGGCCAGCACCGGGAAGCCGCCCCCGACCAGGAAGUGAGUCCUGAGUGGCAGGGCCCAGGAUUAUCUCAUUAGGAAAGCAUUUAAACAAUAACCUACAGUUGUUUGGCUUUUGCUUUUUAAAGCAUUUUUAUUUUUAUGAUCUCAUUUUCAUCCUUUUGCAAGAUUGUUUCAGAGUUUGAAGGUUUAUGGUCCUAUAGUUCCAGGAAGAGAGAACCCUGGUUAUCAUCGGGGUAGCUGUGACCACAGGGAUAUGCUGGGAGUUCCGUUUCCUCUGAGAGGGGCGGGAGGAGCGUGGGGCCAUAAACAGUUCGUCUGUGUCUGUGCCCUUUGACCCUCGUCCCUGCCUGCCUGCCUGCUCGUGGGCGCCAGAGUUCUGAGCCCACAGCUCGGGAGGACGGGGCCUGCGUUUUCUCUUGCUUUUCCUUUCCAGCGUCAUCUCCAAAGGUUCAGCUUGAGAUCAGGAGCUGGUGCUGUGGUAGAAUUCGCAAGGUUCUCCCGUCACUCUCAGGACACCAGAUUCUGUUGGUGGGAAUUGAUCAAGGAUAAGGACUAAAGAUUCGAGCCGAAGGUGGUGGAUCGUCUUCUGGAAAUGUGUCUGGGGUUGCCCCCUCCGGCCCUGCAGGGGGCUCUCGGUCCUCCUCCCGGAACUUAGGGUCCUCUGGCGGUGAAAAGGAAGAAGGCAAAAGGGCUCGGCGGCAGUGGGAGUCGUGGAGCACAGAGGACAAGAACAGCUUCUUCGAGGGGCUGUACGAGCACGGGAAAGACUUUGAAGCCAUCCAGAACAACAUCGCCCUGAAGUACAGGAAGAAGGGCAAGCCCGCCAGCAUGGUGAAGAACAAGGAGCAGGUGCGCCACUUCUACUACCGCACCUGGCACAAGAUCACCAAGUACAUCGACUUCGACCACGUGUUCUCCCGAGGGCUAAAGAAGUCAUCCCAGGAGCUGUACGGACUCAUCUGCUACGGCGAGCUGCGCAAGAAGAUUGGGGGCUGUAUGGAUGACAAGAAUGCCACCAAGUUGAACGAACUCAUUCAGGUUGGGGCCACCACUGUACGUUACAAAGGGAGGAACCUGCGGAUCAAAGCACCCAUGUGCCGGGCCCUGAAGAAGCUCUGCGAUCCAGAUGGCUUGAGUGACGAAGAGGACCAGAAGCCAGUGCGCCUGCCCCUGAAGGUCCCUGUAGAGCUGCAGCCACGGAACAACCACGCCUGGGCCCGUGUGCAGAGCCUUGCCCAGAACCCACGCCUCAGGAUGAUCGUGGAGCUGCACCGGAAGGUCUCCAGCCUUAUCGAGUUCUUGAAGCAGAAGUGGGCGCUCCAGGAAGUGCGAAUUCGGAAGACGCUCGAGGAGCGGCAGCUGCAGGACUCGUGCGCUGCGCCCACACAGGAGAAGGUGACGCUGCACCUGUUCCCGGGCGAGAACUGCACGCUGACGCCGCUGCCUGGCGUGGCCCGAGUGGUGCACUCCAAGGCCUUUUGCACAGUGCACUGGCAGGAGGGUGGCCGCUGCAAGCAGAGCGCCAAGGACGUCCACUCGCUGCCCCCAGCCCAGAUCCUGGGCAUCCAGAGUGGGCAGGGCACGGCCCGGGGCCAUGUGAAGUGCCCAAGGGGUGGCGCCGACAGCAAGGGUGGGGGGCGGCCCCCUCCCACCACUGACAUGUCUCAGAGCUCUGGAGAGAGUUCCCCUGAAAGCACCCCUGGGGAGGGGGCCACCCCAAGCCUGAGCAUCCCCGACGCUCCUGACAGGCCUCCCCCUGGGCACCAGGACACUGGGCCGCAUCUCGAGAAGACCCCUGCAGUGGCUCCUGCAGAGGGUGGGGACGGCCCUACCCGAGAGCUGGGGGCCCAGGAGCCGGGGGCCUUGCCAUGUGCCUGCAGCCAGCUCCCAGACCUGGAGGACGAGCUCUCCAUCCUAGACCCCUUACCCCGCUACCUGAAAUCCUGUCAGGACCUCAUUGUCCCCGAGCAGUGCCGCUGUGCGGACACACGGCUGGGGAACGUGCACCCUCCUCCUCCUGGCCGGGCUGUCUCCCCAGAGGCUCCUGCCCCUGGCAGCAGGGAGGCUGCUGACCUCGCCCCAGCUGGCCCCGGGCUCCCGCCAGAUGUUUGCACUAAAGACUUGGCAGACGCACCUGCAGAGGAGCCCCAGGAGAAGGGGAGCCCCGCAGAGCCUCCACCGCCUCAGGGACAGCCUGCCGCCAGGCCCCCAAAGGAGGUCCCCGCCAGCCGGCUGGCCCAGCAGCUCCGCGAGGAGGGCUGGAACCUGCAGACCUCCGAAAGCCUUACGCUGGCCGAAGUCUACCUCAUGAUGGGCAAGCCAAGCAAGCUGCAGCUGGAGUACGACUGGCUGGCCGCGCUGGGUCCCGGGCAGGCCCCCGGUGGGCAGGGCCAGGGCCAGGGUGCCCGGCCCGGCUCUCCACCCACCACGCUCCACAAGCAGCGCCUCCUCCGCUGCCUGCUAAAGCUCAUCUCCACCGAGGUCAACCCGAAGCUGGCUCCGGAAGCAAAUGCCAUGUUCACAGCCUCGGCGAGGCCCUCGCAGGAGGAGCAGUCCACCACACCCCCAGGGAAGGUGGUGACCAUCAGCAACCGCAGCCCCCGGUGUCCCCGGAACCAGGCCGCCCUCCGCAGCAGCAAGACCUUCCCGCCCAGCUCUGCUCCUUGCUCCUCAGGUUUGGGAAACCCUCCGAGACCCCUCUUGGUGGCUGGUUCCUCUAGCACAGGAAGCAGUGACUCAGAUGGUGGCCUUUUUGCUGUCCCAACAACUUUGCCACCCAACAGCCGACACGGGAAGCUCUUCUCUCCCAGUAAAGAAGCAGAGUUGACGUUCCGUCAGCAUCUGAACUCCAUCAGCAUGCAGUCGGAUUUCUUUUUGCCAAAGCCCAGGAAAUUGCGGAACCGGCACCUGCGGAAGCCACUGGUGGUCCAGAGAACGCUGCUGCCCAGACCCGAAAACCAGUCCCACAACGUCUGCUCCUUCUCCAUCCUGUCUAACUCCUCUGUGACUGGGAGAGGUUCGUUCCGGCCCAUCCAGUCUUCUCUGACCAAAGCAGCUCUUUCCCGGCCGAUCGUGCCCAAGGUCCUUCCACCCCAGGCCACGAAUCACCUGGCCAGUGCUAUCGACUUGGCCGCGAAAAGUGCGGGCAUCAUCCCCGGGAGCCCCCUCCCUGUCUUGGACACCGAGGGCUUGUCCGGCCUCUCUGCACUGUCCUCAGAAGAGGUAGCAGCUGCCGCCUCCAGUCAGGACUCCACGGCAGUCCACCAGAAUGGAGACCCCAUCCCCGCCAUGGGGGGCACGAGUGACCCAUUCGUCAGCAUCCCCUCCAGGCCUGAGCAAGAACCAGUGACGGACAGUUUCCAGGGCUCAUCUGUCCUCUCUUUACCUGAGCUGCCCAAGGCUUCUCUCCAGAAUGGCCUCUCCACACUGUCCUCAGCAGAGGUCCCCAGCACCCGGCUCUCUCCACCGGACGUCUCUGCUUUGCUGGACAUCUCCCUGCCAGGCCCGCCCGAGGACGCGCUCUCGCAGGGAGAGCCCGCCACGCACAUCAGUGACUCCAUCAUCGAGAUCGCUAUCAGCUCCGGCCAGUACGGUGAAGGCGUCCCUCUCUCUCCAGCAAAGCUGAACGGCAGCGACGGUUCCAAGAGUCUUCCCUCCCCGUCCAGCAGCCCCCAGCCGGACUGGAUUGCCUCUCCCACCCACGACCCUCAGUGGUACCCCAGCGACUCCACCGACUCCUCCCUCAGCAGCUUGUUUGCAAGCUUCAUCUCCCCUGAGAAGAGCCGGAAGAUGCUGCCGACUCCCAUUGGGACCAACAGUGGCACCUCCUUGCUUGGCCCCAGCUUGUUGGAUGGAAACUCACGGGACUCAUUUGUGUCCAGGUCCCUGGCUGAUGUUGCAGAGGUCGUGGAUUCCCAGCUGGUGUGCAUGAUGAACGAGAACAGCAUCGACUACAUAUCUCGGUUCAAUGACCUGGCCCAAGAGCUGUCCAUCACAGAGCCCAGCCGCCGGGAGGUUCUGUUUGAUGCUGGUGGAGGUGGCCCCCCCGUUGGUGACCUAUCCCAGUGACUGCAGCUCGGGACGGGAUAUCGUGGAGGCUAAAAAGGAGGACUUAUGGGGCUAGGGGUUCUCCUUUGUGGUAGCUGAAACUCUCUUCCAGCUAGAGAGGACAAGUCGAGCCCAGGACUCCCAGAAGAUGAUCUGAAGAGAGGCACCUCUGCACCCUACCAAGUGCCCCGUGCAGGAACCACUGGUCAUGAGCUGUGUCCCCGCAAGCAGUGAGCAGUGAUGUCCCAGGAGACCAGGACCAGUUCUUGGGAACGGGGGAUAGCAGAAAUUGCUGUGGUUUGGAGUAGUUCCUGGCCAGUCCUGGGUCCCGGACUGCAUAGCAAUGCCAUUUCAGCCUGCGCUCUGCCUGAGCGGUUGUGUCGGACGUGCCAGUGGGCUUGCUUUCCAAGAAGGGAGCGUGUGCCUUGGCGUAGCUGCUGAGCUGAGUGCAGAGAGUUGCUGUUUCCCUCUCUCUGCUGGGAGCCCCCAGGCUGCUACUGCGUUCCUUCUGCCAAACCUGCGCCACCUUCAGGUUGUUGUCUCAGGAGGGUGCUAGGCAGGACUGUCGGGUGUGGCCUGGGCUCCUGCCUGGUGUUGUCACACCCCAGAGGAUGUCUGAGGAUUU